AUUGUGGGGCAGAGGCGGCCUUCUCUUCAUUGAGACCGGCAAGAAUUGCUGAAGUAAAUAUCGGAGGCAGAGGACUUCUACAUUAGCUAAUUAAUAUUCCCUUGACUUAUAGAACUAAGCCUCCGUUUCGUUAGACAUGGGGCAGGAGGAGCUCAUGAGUCGAGCCGAAGAUGUGGCGGACCAGUUCUUGCGGGUUACGAAGCAGUACCUGCCUCACCUGGCUCGGCUGUGUCUAAUCAGCACCUUCCUGGAGGACGGCAUCCGCAUGUGGUUCCAGUGGAACGAGCAGAGGGACUACAUUGAGGGGACGUGGGGCUGUGGCUACUUCCUGGCCACCUGCUUUGUGCUGCUUAACCUCACAGGACAGCUUGGUGGCUGUGUCCUUAUCCUCAGUAGAAAUUUUGUACAGUAUGCCUGCUUUGGAUUAUUUGGAAUCAUAGCUCUACAGACGGUUGCGUACAGUAUUUUAUGGGAUAUAAAAUUUCUGAUGAGGAACCUUGCUCUUGGCGGUGGACUCCUGCUAUUACUAGCGGAGUCACGUUCAGAAGGGAAGAGCAUGUUCGCUGGCGUCCCCUCGAUGGGGGAGAGCUCACCAAAGCAGUACAUGCAGCUGGGAGGGAGAGUCCUGUUGGUGCUCAUGUUCAUGACCUUGCUGCACUUUGACCCUAGCUUCUUCUCGAUCCUCCAGAACAUGGUGGGCACGGCUCUCAUCAUCCUGGUGGCCGUUGGCUUCAAGACCAAGCUGGCCGCCCUGACCCUGGUAAUAUGGCUGCUGGCCAUCAACGUCUACUUCAACGCCUUUUGGACGGUGCCCGCCUACAAGCCCAUGCACGAUUUCCUCAAGUACGACUUCUUCCAGACCACGUCCGUCAUCGGAGGGCUGCUGUUGGUCGUAGCACUGGGGCCCGGCGGGGUGUCCAUGGACGAGAAGAAGAAGGAGUGGUAGGGAGAGAGAGAUACACAAACACCUCUAACCCCAGGACACACAAGGACCCCCAGGGUACACGUCAUUAUUCUGACCAUCCACAGCAACCUCUCCCUCCACUAUUCUCUGUCUCGUCCUUUCUUUUCUUUUUUCACAUUUUGUUUUCCAGCUGCUGUUUUGUUUUUGAGGUCAAUAUGGUCGGUACUGAAUUAUUUUAUACACCUAUUUAUGUCCCCUUAUUUUGGUGCCAAGAAAAAGUCAGAUUUUGAUUAAACUGUGUCAAAGUGCAAAGUAACUCAUUCAUGAGUGAUGGGUGGAUAAAAAACAUAUCUUGGUUCUGUGUUGCAGAGGUAUGAAUAUCACAAUGUAUUUAUGGAUGUUACCAUAACCUUUCAGAAGAAGAAAAAAACAAUUUUUUGUGAACAAGCAAAAUGGUGAGUAGGUGUAUCAGUUUGGUUGCCAAUGAAGACGCUAAUCUUUCCCUGCUUGUGUUGGAUGUUGGACCAUCUGUGACUUGCUCAUUAUAUCAAUCCUGAGACCUCAGGUACUGAAUACGAUACGAUUCUCCCUCACUCUCUAGGUUGCCAUCUUCCCCGCUUUUCAGAAGCCCCAGGCCUCAUCCUUACACACAUCCAGUCCCAUGGCUGUGACUAAUGGAUUGUAUAUUGAGAUGAGUUGCGGGGGACGUGUGCAUUGUAUACUACUAUUCAAAAUGUUUGAUUUGAAGUUGUGCUUGAUUGAAUAUUGAAACAAUUGUUAGCACCAGAACUCUUUUUGGGCACUUUGUACUGUACAUCUAGGGCAAAUGCCUAACUAGUAACUGUAUUUUAACAGGGCAGUAGGGGGAGCUCGACAUUUAUGAAACGCCAUAUUCUACAAUCUAAAGAAGCAAGCAGAACUGGACAGAGUCUGCGAUCACCCUGACUUUUUCUUUGCUCAGUGUUUUUGCUCUAUACUGAAUAAGAAAAUAAAAAUCUUCAGAUUA